CCCAAAAACCACAAAAACCCACAGAAGAAACCACAAAAAACCCGAACCGAAAAUGGCCAAUCCGUUCCUAAUGGACGACGACCUGGAUGGCGGCGAUAUGGCCGCCAAUCCCUUCCUAAUGCAAUCAGAUCCGGAACCGGGCGAGUCGGAGUCGAAUCCGUUCGGGGAGGCAGCCAGCAGCGUCAUUGCCAGCGUCAGUGCUGCCUCCAAUCCGUUCGCCUUUGGCGGCGACGAUCUCGAACCGGAGCCAGAGCCGCCGAUCAACGACAUCGAUCCGGCCAUGAGCUUCUUUGGCACCACCAUAGAGGCGGAGGACGACGCCCUCAGCAUCAAGUCAGCCGCCGGAGAGGAGGAGGACGACACCGCCGCCGCUGGGCAAAAGAAGCAGCCCCCGCCUCCGCCACGACCACAGCCGCCGCAGAGCACACAGGAUCUGAUCAGCACGGUCUCCAGCCAGCUGGACGAGACCUCCUCGGAGCUGCUGGGCCGCAUACCUGCCACCCGAUCGCCCAGCCCCGUCUCGAUGCGCGACCUCCACUCGCCCAGCCCCACACCGGACUCGGGACUGGCCGAUCUGUUGGACGUGUCCGACAGCGGCUCCAAUAACCAGAUAAUGGACCUGGAUCUCAUUGGGGGAGUCACUGUCACUGCUACCACCACGGCAACAGCUGCAGAGGCCGAACCUACUGCUCCGGCUCCGGCUCCUGCUCCUGCACCUGUUGCGGCUGUGGUUCCGCCUCCCGUUCCUGCUCCCCCUGCCAGCCAGCACGACAAUCCCUUUGCGGUGCCCACGGCUGUGCCCAGCCUGCAGGGGGCCACGCCCAUGCCCUCGCCGGCCAAACAGCAGCCGCCACGUCCCCCGCCGCCACGCCCAGUGCCACCACGGCCGACGCCACCAGCACACAUGAUGCAGCAUGGCCAACAGCAGCCGGCACCGGCACCUCCGCCGCAGCGUCCACCACCGCCGUCAGCCACUGCCCCAGCCCCCGCCACAGUACCAGCGGACUCGGAGGAUUUGCUGGACAUGUUCGGUACGACCAGCGCAAAGCCGGCCAAGCCGCCGCCGCCCAAGAGCAAGGAGGACAUCCUCAGCCUGUUCGAGGCCCAGCCGCAGCCGGUGGCCAAGCCCGAUCUCCUGCACGAUGAUCUGCCCCAGGCGGUGGUCACCUCCGAGGAAGAGCGCGACGCGGAGAACAACAGGGACAACGACGAUGGGGAGGACAAGGAUGAGCCAAUCUUCACGUCUGUGCUAACGCGGCCGGACGAGAGCACCCAUGACAUCAGUUGCCAGCCGCAGGCGGCGACCCUGGCCCACAUGGCUGCGCCACAGGACACGACGGGCAGACAGAGAGCUCCCACGCCGGACAUAGAGAUCACCACGGUGGAGGAUCUGCCGCGCUCCGACGACGAGGAUGAGCCAGAGCCAGAGCCAACACCAGUAGCAGCAGCAGCUCCCGAUCAGCCAGAACCCGAAAUAGAAACAGAGGCCGAAGCCGAAGCCGAAGCCGUACCCGAACCGGAGGCAAAGGUGGAACUCUUCGGGGCGCCAGCAGCGCCUGUUGAGUCGGAUCACACUGGAUCACCACUGGAGGGCACUGAGUCACAGCCAGCCUUCGAACCCGUCAUGGAGCUGGCCAGCGAUGAGCCCGAGCAGAUGGACACGGGCCUGGACUUUCCUUUGGGCAGCGGCGGUCUGGCCAGCGGCCAGCUCUCGGCCAAUCCCUUCGCCAGUCCCGAGGAGGAGGACGAGCCGAGCUUCGUGCCCGCUGCUGUGGUGGGCAACAUCUUUGCAGUGGACGACCCAGAGCCAGAGCCAGAGCCAGAGGUGCAGGCCGUGCAGCAGGCGCCCAGCUACGGAGGCAACAUCUUUGCCGUGGAGCCGGACGAGUUUGACGCCUUCUCGGCCAAGUUUGAUUCCGUGAAGAAGGACAACAUCAGCAUCCUGGACGGCUUCGGUGGCUCCGGAGCGAUAACGCCCACGGGAGGAGAUGCUUGGGGCGACAGCGCCUUUGGAUCGGCCACCAUUUCGGCGGGCAAUGCUUUUGGCGACGCCACUUCGGCGGACGAUGGCUUCGGGAACGAGGACGACGAUUUCUAUGCCAUGCGGGCGCCCGUGCGGGCCGAGUCCGUGGAGUCGGUGGACAAGGAGUUCAGCGUGGUGAUCCGGCCCAAGGCGGAGGGCACUGGAGGCGUGGCCCCGCAGCUGGCACCACCGCCGCCGCCGGCCAGGUCGGCUGUGCCGACGGCCAGCCAAUCCUCGUCGUCUCCGCCAGCUACAGUCAAUCCCUUCGAGGAUGUGACCGGAUUCCCAGCACCACCAGCAGCGACAGCAUCCGCCACGGAAGAAGCGGGCGAGGCGGGCAUCAAGCGCACAGACUCCCAGGACACGCCACAGACGCCGCUCUACGACGAGGAUGUGUCCCAGCCGCUGGAGGAGUUCCCGCGCCUGCACUACGUGGGACCCGGGUGGGAGAUGCAACUGCGGCAGCCGAACAAGAAGAAGAUCACGGGCCAGCGCUUCUGGAAGAAGAUCUUCGUGCGCCUGGUGGUGCAGAACGACGUGCCGGUGGUGCAGCUGCUGAACCAGCCCGGGGACAAGCAGCCGUUCCAGGAGCUGCCGCUGCAGCCCUCCUACUCGGUCUCGGAGAUCGGGGCCCAGCAGUACGACCAGUUCGGCAAGAUCUUCACCAUGAAGCUGCAGUACAUCUUCUACAAGGAGCGUCCCGGCGUCCGGCCAGGCCAGGUGACUAAGGCGGAGCGCAUCACCAACAAGCUUACCAAGUUCGCACAGUACGCCAUCGCCGGGGACUACGAGGGCGUGAAGGAGUUCGGCAGCGACCUCAAGAAGCUGGGCCUGCCCGUCGAGCAUGCGCCGCAGUCGUCGCAGCUCUUCAAGAUCGGUUCGAUGACCUACGAGGACAUGAAACAGUUCUCCGUCUGCAUUGAGGAGGCCCUCUUCAAGCUGCCGGCUCUGCGCGAACGCGCCCUCACCUACAAGAUGGAGGAGGUCCAGGUGACGGCCGUCGACGAGAUCACCGUCGAGCAGGACAGCGAGGGCAAGAUCCUCAAGCAGAUCGCCCGCGUUCGCCUCUUCUUCCUCGCCUUCCUCACCGGCAUGCCCACCAUCGAGCUGGGCGUCAACGAUAUGUGGCGCCAGGGCAAGGAGGUGGUCGGCCGUCACGACAUCAUUCCCGUGGCCACCGAGGAGUGGAUCCGUCUCGAGGCGGUCGAGUUCCACAGCGUUGUCAAUCAGCAGGAGUACGAGCGAACGCGCACCAUCAAAUUCCAGCCGCCCGACGCCAACUACAUUGAACUGCUGCGCUUCCGGGUGCGUCCGCCAAAGAAUCGCGAGCUUCCGCUCCAGCUGAAGGCUACCUGGUGCGUCACCGGCAACAAGGUGGAGCUGCGUGCCGACAUAUUGGUGCCUGGCUUCACCUCUCGCAAGCUCGGCCAGAUACCCUGCGAGGAUGUAUCGGUGCGCUUCCCCAUACCCGAGUGCUGGAUCUAUCUGUUCCGCGUGGAGAAGCACUUCAGGUACGGGUCGGUGAAGUCGGCCCAUCGACGGACAGGCAAGAUCAAGGGAAUUGAACGGAUCCUCGGUGCUGUCGACACGCUGCAGGAGUCGCUGAUCGAGGUAACGUCGGGCCAGGCGAAGUACGAGCAUCACCAUCGGGCCAUUGUCUGGCGGUGUCCCCGCCUGCCCAAGGAGGGUCAGGGGGCCUAUACCACACACCAGCUGGUAUGCCGCAUGGCUCUGACAUCGUACGACCAGAUCCCCAGUGAACUGGCGCCAUACGCAUUCGUGGAGUUCACUAUGCCCGCCACGCAGGUCUCGCAUACCACCGUGCGCUCAGUGAGUGUCCAGGACUCGGACGCCGAUGAGCCUCCCGAGAAGUAUGUCCGCUAUUUGGCACGACACGAGUACAAGGUUGGCAUCGAGACCACGCACGGCGAGUCCACGAACGCGUAUUUGGCGGCAACGCGUCCCAUCAAGGAGGAGACCGCCAAGGAGGUGGCCACCAAGCCGGUCGCCUCUCCUGUCCCUCCCAGCGACUCGGACACGGACUCCAACUAAGCGGAGAGAAGCGAAGCGAAGCGCAGCGCAGCGCCGCGCGGCUUUCUGUAGAUAUUCCCCGUGUGCAUGGUUUACCCAAUCGUUCUUGUUAUAUACAUAUUUACAUACAUAUAUAUAUACACCACAUAGAUAUAUCUUAUAAACAUACCUACUUAUAUGUGUAAUUUCAAGUGCGUCUGCCCGCCAUAUAUUCCCCCGUCUAGCUUGUGCAGCGUGUUCAUCAGCUCCAGAGUACGAGUAUUAGGUAAAGAUUAGUUGACAAUAAUGUUAAGAGAAGGUAAAUCAGCAGCAGAUGUGAGAAUGAUAAUUGAAUGAUGAAACUGAAA